UAGCACUGCUGGAUCGUUCUACACGGCUCCUGUACUGGAUUAGUAAAGCGAGGACUUUAUUAUUAUUAUUAUUGUUAUUAAAAUUGUUUUAUUGACAUUUUAGACAUCUGAAUUUGCUCCAUGUGCCGAAAGUAAACACGGAGAGGAACGGCUUUCACUGGUCGAGCCGAGCCGGAGAGGACUGUAGGCGUCGCAGCAGGGCCGAAAGAUGUGUGAUGGGAUGGUGGCGUGUGAGCGGCCGGUGCGGGGCACACAUUCACACGCUCUGGUAGCCUUGGCACUGCAGUUGCUCCUCGUCCUGAACGCGCUCCCCUCAUGCCAGGCAUCAGGCUGUUCCAAACCCUCAGACGUGCCACACGGCAGGGCGAACCUCACCGAGACGAGCCGCCCUUCCUUUCCUGUAGGCACAGUCCUGCAGUACAGCUGUGAUUCAGGAUACACACUGCGCGAGGAGAGCGUAAUCACCUGCACCCCACCGGGCCACUGGUCACCCGACCCUCCCCAGUGCAUCAGAAAUAAUGUCUGUAGUCCUCCUAGCCAACCGGAGAACGGGGGCUACAUGUGCCACCCCUCACCCUGUCCGAAACUGACCGAAGGCACGGUGAUCGAGUAUUUCUGUGACGAGGGCUACACGCUGAAAGGCUAUAGGUACCACACGUGCCAAAACGGAGAGUGGGACUCGGCAGCGCCUAUCGUCUGUCACCUCGGACAAGGGAAGGAAGAGCGCUCUCCCCUCGCCAUGCCAGCUCUGUCUAUCGUGGCCACCACCGCCAGCUCGGUGGCUCUCAUCCUGCUGCUGGUCGUCCUCUUCGUCCUGCUGCAGCCCAAACUCAAGUCCUUCCAUCACAGCAGACGUGAGCAGGGCAUCUGUGGACAGGCCGCCUCCCUCGACGUGGAGGGAGUUCAGGUCUCUCUACCUUCCUACGAGGAGGCCGUGUACGGCAGCGGCGGAGCGGUGGCUCCUCCUCCCGCCGCGUCCCGCGUGAACAUCGUGCUUUCAGAAGGGCCGCAGACGGAGCCUCCGGCCACAGAGCUCGGACCACCUCGGCCCGAGCACAGCCUCCCCUCCACCUCCGGCUCCAGCUCGGCAGGGUCCCGCCACUCCGAGACUGUGCUCGUCCAUCAGGUGCCCUCCUCGUCCUCCUCUUCCUUAUCCUCGUCCUCGUGGGCCGCUGAGCCACACGGGGCGGCGGCGGCGGCAUCAGCGCGGCGACAGAGCAACUCGAGCAGCGAUCAGCACAGCCUGCUAUCUCUCACCUCGGUGGAGGAGUACGGCGACGACAUCCCACUGCUAAAGGAGGCCUGAGAGCACACGCAGCGUCCUCCUUUACACGGAUGAUGACCUGGACUGUGGCUACCUUAGCUUUUUAACCAAACCCUUCCCCCCUGUCGCCGCCCUACACAAUGCAGGAGUAAACAAAUGCCUCUCGAAUGCCUUUCAACUCUUCGACCCGGUGAGAUGUGCUGUGCUGUGCUGUGCUGCUCGUGCAUCGGAUCGGUCAGCUCGAUGGACUGUAUACGACCCCGGUAUACUCCAGAUCUCCCACAUACUCUCUCGAAAUGGUUCAAACUAUAGGAUUAUGUAUAACGCGUACAUAACACGAGCUGAAUAUCACUCACCUGUUAUCUACACCUCUUUUGCUCGGGUGUAGCAGCGAGCCGUUGCACUCGUUCCGUUUCUCGUCUGUGUGACGAAGUGGUGAAGCGACCGCUCAUUCUUCGAGUGUGUUUCCAUGCACUGUAAUAAUCAGGUCAGAAAUGUGCUCGUAAACAGAGCAGUACGAUAUCUCUGAAUCUUUAAAUCAAGUCAAAUAUGUUACUAAAUGGUCAAACAAUGAAGACGUCUUUGAUUAAGGCCAAUAAUAUGUUCAGUCCUGGAGGGAAAACAUGCCAAACCCAAAAUUGCACCGAUCUUAAACAAGCCAGAACAUUUUUUUAAAGCUUUUGAACACACAGACGUGUGUUUUCUUAUCAAACAUUUAAAUCUGUUUAUACCUGAAGACUAUUCAAGUGAAUUCCGCAGUUUUUCUCGCUGACAGGUCACCGCUGUUAUGAGGAAAUGGUCUUACAGGUCUAACCAGUUCAUUUUCUUAGACUGUGUCCGAAAUCGCACUUCCAUACUGACCAACACUCGCGAGAGCGGUACGCGAGAGCGGGUAGCGUGUCCGAAUACGUAGUAUUUAUUAAACAGUACGUGAAAAGCCCCCGGAUGACCUGCUGCAUGGGCGGCUAUUUUUGAGAACGCAAACACAGCACACUUACGGUCCGAUAAUCGAUCCCAUAAUUCAACUGGGGGUGGCACGGUGGCUCGGUGGGUAGCACUGUCGCCUCACAGCAAGAAGGUCCUGAGUUCGAUCCCUAGGUGGAGCGGUCUAGGUAAUUUCUGUGUGGAGUUUGCAUGUUCUCCCCGUGUCUGUGUGGGUUUCCUCCGGGAGCUCCGGUCUCCUCCAACAGUCCAAAGACGUGCAAGUGAGGUGAACUGGAGAUACUAAAACUGUCCAUGACUGUGUUUGAUAUUAAUUUUGACCUGAUGUACCUUGUGUAAGCAGUAACUAUCUGUCCUGUCAUGAAUAGAACCAAAGUGUAAAACAAUAAUUGAACAAGUAGCAAUGCUACCUCCACCUGACCACUGGAUUUAGGAUUCUAGAUUUGCUAUUGGUAGUUCUGCUGCUGAAGUAAAGUCCCAUGAAGACACAUUUCCCCCACAUCAGAUGAAUAAAGUGCUCUAAAUGAACGGAUUUUCUGCACCUCGAUUAUUCUGUACAUGAAAACACACUCAGUAACUGUGACCUCUUACCGAGGGGUUUGUUUGGCAAAGAUUUUUGCUAAAUCAGGCUUCUGUUUAACAAUGCUGCAUGAUCUGUGCAUCGUACUUUUAUUCUUCUCUGUUUUUAAAGCUUUGUGCACAGCACCGUGCACAUCAGCAGCAUCAUCAUGAUUUCCAUAUGUGAUUUCCAUAUACCAAGAGUGACAUAACAGGGAUGAACUGGUUUACAUGGUACUGGCCAUGCCUGCUUUGUGUGUGUGUGGGUGUGUUUUGGCUUUUUACUUUACUCACUGACUGUUGUAAAGAGGGCUUGAUUACAAUUUUUGUUUAAUUUAACUUGGUAUAGAAUAUCUUUAUUUAUAAAUAAGUCCCCACACUUACAGAAAAUGUGCAAAACUGACACCUGAACCUGAAAUCUAUUCAGACACAAACGCAAAACAUCUAAACAUGCAGGUCCAAUUUCUACCAGCUUUCUUUCAUCAUAUACAGUCGACCCUUGACUUAUGAAUGUAAUUGGUUCUGAAGGGCUGUUCUUAAGUCAAAAUGUUCGUUAGUUAAACCUAUUUUUCCCCAUAAGAAAUCAUGUAAAUAGAAUUAAUCUGUGCCAGACCUCCCAAACCCCCCCUUACCCCUAACCUUUCUAAUGUCUUAAAUGCUCUUUUUUGUUAUAAAUAUAAGUAUAUUUCCCCUUAAAUCUUAAAUUAUAGAAUAGAUAUUACUGUAAUAAACAAUAAUAAACAACCAUACACAGUAGUACUGUACAUAAAAACACACACAUCACAUCUCAGUACAGUACGUGUGCUGUACCAUACACCAUAAUACAUUUCCUUCUUUUUAUAUAACAUGUAUCUACCAGAAACAACAAUAACUCUCAUAUUUCUCUAUUAUUUUCUUCUUUAUUUCAGUAGUGUUGUAUUUUGUAGGUGUAAUUGCACGAAAGAAUACUUUACUGAGCCGAGUUCCUUCUUCUCUCUCACUCACUGUCCCCUCUGUCUGAUAAACAGUGACACCUACUGGCAGGAGUAAUUAUACAACAAAUAGUGAUUUUUUUUUUUUUCAUUUUCUCACCACUGCACUUUCUCUGCACCUUCUUUGGGGCCAUUUAAAUAUAGAAUUUUACAAAAUGUAAAGAAAACACCAGAAAAACACCGUCCGCUGUCCGAAUGUUCGCUCACUGUAUGUGUGUAUAUACUGUAUAUAUAUAUAUAUAUAUAUAUAUAUAUAUAUAUAUAUAUAUAUAUAUACAUACACAGAGAGAGAGAGAGAUAGAGACGCUCGGAGUCAACUUGUUCGUGACGUCACGUGUUUCGCGAAUUUCGGUUCGUAAUCCGAAAUGUAUUCAUACUUUAAGUUGAAAAAGAUCGUUCGUAACCCAAAAUGUUCGUAUAGUAAACGGUUCGUAAGUCAAGGGUCUACUGUAAUUGAUUAUUGCACCCCAUGGAUUAAUAAUCAUUGAUGUAAUUAAUGGUUAGUGAACAAAUCUUAUUUAAUGUGUGCUAUGGGUGCUUGCGGAUUUUUCUCUCGGUCAGAACGGCUUACUCGGCAUACUCGAUCAUUUUUGCAUGUCGUCAUUCAGGAUUCGUUUCCUCAGUCUCAUGCUUCACAGUAUCGACACGUCUUCAGUUUCCUUAUGGCCUUACAUUUAAUUUCCUAUGCAUAAACAUGGGUUAUGGGUUUUCAGAGGUGUGGGGGACUUUUUAUUGUUAUUUUUAGAUGACACAGCUGAAACAAAGGCUUUAUUAUUUUCUUCCCUAAAGCUUUUCCCUCCUGGUGGCUUUAAUAUUUGAAGUUUUCAGCGCCUUUGUUCUGACGCUGUAAAUUCUGUUCCUGUAAUUGUUGAACUUUCGAAAUCCUUGUUGCAUCCCUCGGCACCAUUGUAUGGUGUCAGUCAUCCUGUCCUUCCUCUUUCUGUUGUUGUUUUUUUUCUGUACAUUGCUGUGGGUGUGAAGAUAGUAUUUUAAUAUUUGUAUAAAGUUUAAUUUAAUUCUACAGUGUGUCUGUAUAUAACUAUUUCUAAUUAAAGCUUUUUUGAAGUGCA